AUGGCUCAUUACCAAGCCAAGGAAGUUGUUUUUGUGAUUUUGGCAGUUGUGCUCUUGGGGAUUGUGAUAGCCCUGCUGCCCUCCCAUCUCCGUUCUCGGGUGGACCCUCCGCACCCACUUUCACCGCUCCUUCCCCCUUCCGCACCUUCAACCCCGCCACCUCCUCCUCCGCCGCCGCCGCCGCCGCCUAUUCAGGUUGUCAGUCCAACCAGCACAACAAUAGGGUGGAGUUUGUGUCCGGAAGUUAACUACCUCCCCUGUUUCGACCAUAUUAGUCGGGAGAGAAAGUGUCCGCUACCCCUUCGGCGGUGUUUGGUGCCGUUACCCCGACACUACCAAUUCCCAGUGGCAUGGCCGCUUAGCAAAGAAAUGAUUUGGUAUAGUAAUGUUGCACCGCCAAGGCUUACAGGCAAGAAUGGGGGCAAGGUGCUACUCUCUGGGGACUAUAUUCUUUUCCAUGACAACGAUACCCAACAAUACCUUGAGACGAUAGAAAAGGCUGUACCAAUUAUUGGGUUGGGGAAUCAAACUAGGGUCGUUUUAGAUAGAUGUUUUAACUAUGUCAAUUGGCCCAAUGGACGAAGUCCAAGUGGAAAACCUCUGUUGGAGGUGAACAGAAUUCUUAGGACUGGAGGCUUUUUCAUAUGGGCAGCCCAACAAGUGUACAGCAAGCAAGAGAGGGAUCGAAACAUCUGGAAAGCAAUGGUUGCACUCACAGAAUCAAUGUGCUGGAAGAUGGUGAACAGAAUGUUUAUUGAUUCAGCUGGCAUUGGAGUUGUUGUAUAUCAAAAGGCCGAGUCACAUUUGUGCUAUCAAAACUGGAAGAGAGAUGAUCCACACAUCUGUGGGAAGCAAAAUAGAGUUCCAUGGUAUACUCCUUUGGAUGGAUGUCUGCCGAUUCCAUCGGAUGAUGACGUGAGCAACUGGCCAGCACCUUGGCCUGAGAGAUUAGACCAAGUACCUACGAGUUUAUCUAGGGAAGAAAGUGAAGCCUAUCUAGGUGACACCAAGCAGUGGUCUGUUAUCAUUUCUGAUGUUUACCUUGCUGACCUCCCUAUGAAUUGGUCGAGGGUUAGAAACAUAAUAGACAUGAAUGCAGGGUUUGGAGGGUUUGCUGCGGCUCUUGUUGAUCAACCAUUUUGGGUGAUCAAUGUUGUCCCUGUCCAUGGUCGGGAUACACUCCCGCUGAUCCUUGAUAGGGGACUCAUAGGGGUAUAUCAUGACUGGUGUGAGCCGUUCAACAGCUAUCCACGCACAUUUGAUGUGUUGCAUUCUAGAUUUUUGUUUUCAAACUUAAGUCAGAGGUGUGACAUCAUUGAUGUUUUUGUGGAGAUUGACCGCUUGCUGAGACCUGGGGGUACACUUUUAGUUCGUGACACCAAUGAUAUGGUUGAUAUGCUUGGACCAAUAUUGAAAUCAAUGCAUUGGUCAACAACUCUUUAUGAUGCAGACUUUCUUGUUGCGGAGAAAACGUUUUGGCGGCCUGCAGCUGUGAGUGAACAUAUAGUGCUUGCUGCGCGUAUGGCUCAUGUAAUUGAGGUCAAUGAGGAUGAGAAGUCUGGAAUAGAAGCAAUUGGUUUGAGCAUUUGA